AUGCCCGACCUAACGCCAGCCCCGAGCACGGCCGUCGCCCGCGCCGCGGCGGCCGGGGACGCCGCGGCCCUGGAGAGGGCGCUGGAGGCCGCGCCCGCGGAGGAGAGCUCCGUGUCCGGCUCCGCGGCCGUCGACGUCAACGCGCGCGGCUACCUGGAGGCCACGGCGGUGUCGCGGGCUGCGCGCCAGGGCCACGUGUCGGUCCUGGAGUGCCUGCUGCAGGCUGGCGCGGACCCUGACAUUCCCAACAUGAAGAGCCAGUACCCGCUGCACUUUGCGGCCUUCAACCUGAGACUGGCGGCCGUGGGCGUGCUCCUGAGGCACGGCGCCUCGACGUUCGUGCUGGACCGCAAGGGGCGGACUCCCGCCGAAGACACCAGCAGCGAGCAGAUCCGCGACGCGAUCCUGGCUGCGCGUGUGGGCGCGGCGUGA